AUGAAGAAUAGGCUGUGUGGUGUCAUGCCAAAGCUGUUAAAAGUCUACGUAAAAAAAAUCCAAUGUCAAACUUGCCAAAGCACGAAGUGAGGUUAGGAAUUCAUAAAACUGUAAGGUGCUUGGGAUUUUAUUAUUUUUUGUAUCAACACCACUGUUAUUUUACAGUUUACUAGAACGAUCAUAUACAAAAGCUAAUGACACCAUAUAGUUUUAUGAAGUUUUGUUAUAAAUAAUAUAUUAUAACCUCAAGAGUACAAGAACUAAAUAAUAUGUUUUUCAUGGUUAUAAUAUUUAAGUGUAUUGCAUAACAUAAAACAUGUUUAAGAGUCUGUUGUUUCGAUGGUUUCCAUUAAGGUCAAUUCAGAAGGAAAGUGUACAGCAGCUGGCAGAGUUAAAGCAGAGCCCUUUCCACAUUUGUCAAAGGCACAAACCAUUUUCUGCCUCCGUUGUUUGCUACAAGAAGAGGAAAUCCAUUGAGGAGAGGGCAGUGGAGAACCAGGGUCGCAAAGUAUUCAGAUACUCGAAAGCGAACUCUGAUGUCGUAGGCAUAUGGCGAAACAUGACAGUCCGGGAAAUUGCACAAGUGCUUAACAAGGAUGUUGAUCACGUGUUUCGAGCGUUAGAGUUCGCAGACAAGAAUUCAGACAGUCAGUAUAAGGAGGACACAGUGGUGCACAACCCGCAGGUGAUCCGCGAUGUGGUAAAAAUUUCCGGCUGCCGUUUCAAGAUCGUGCCGCCCCCAGAUAAGGCGCUCGAAACGGAGGAGAGCCAAGACGCGGCGCCGGCGCCUCCGGCCCCGCGCUCGGCGCUGCGGCCGCGGCCGCCCGUGGUGUGCGUCAUGGGCCACGUGGACCACGGCAAGACCACGCUGCUGGACGCGCUGCGGGGGACCAGCGAGGCGGCGCGCGAGCGCGGCGGCAUCACGCAGCACAUCGGCGCCUUCGACGUGUCGCUGCCGGCGGGCCAGCGCGCCACGUUCCUGGACACGCCGGGCCACGCCGCCUUCGCCGCCAUGCGCGCGCGCGGCGCCGCGGCCACCGACGUCGCGGUGCUGGUGCUGGCGGCCGACGACGGCGUGCGGCCGCAGACGCUGGAGGCCGCGGCCGCGGCGCGCCGGGCGCGAGUGCCCGUGCUGGUGGCGGUCACCAAAACCGACAAGCCGGGCGCGGACGUUGAGCGCGCGCUGCGCGAGCUGGCGCGGCACGGGCUGGUCUGCGAGGCGCUGGGCGGCGACGUGCAGGCGGUGCCGGUGUCGGCCCUCCGAAGGACGAACCUGGACGCGCUGCUGGAGGCGCUGACCCUGCAGGCGCAACUGAUGGAGCUGAAGGCCGACCCCGGCGGACCCGUCGAGGGAGUCGUGUUGGAAGCCCGGCUGGACUCCCGGGCCGGCAAACAAGCGACGGUGUUAGUGCAGCGCGGCACGUUGCGGCGCGGCUGCGUGCUCGUCGCCGGCUCGGGUUGGGGUAAGGUUCGGAUGCUGAAAAACUCUGAAGGCAGGACAAUUCAAGAAGCCCCACCGUCUACACCCGUGUCAGUACAGGGUUGGCGAGAAUUGCCUUCAGCUGGAGAUCAGGUGCUUGAAGUCGCUUCGGAGAAACGCGCAAACGAGGUAAUGAAAUGGCGUCAUAACCAACGCAUGAAAGAGAAGCAAGCGCAAGACCUGACCAUGAUCGAAGCGAAGGAAGCGGAGCACCGGCAGCAGUACAAAGCGCAGCUGGCCAAGAAGAGAGCCAUGGGCCGAUUCAGGUUAAGACCUGAUGGGCCCAGGCAAAAGAUGAUACAGGAAGACACGCAUCCUACGCUCAGUUUGGUUAUCAAAGGCGACGUCGACGGAUCGGUGGAGGCAAUUCUGGAUAUCCUAGAAACGUACGACGAACACGACACGGUCAGGCUCGAUCUGGUGCACUACGGCGUGGGCCCGGUCACGCCCAACGACAUAGAGGUCGCCGAGGCGUUCGGGGCGACCGUGCUCCUGUUCAACGCCGACUGCGCGCCCGAGCUGGCGCUGGACGCCAGGCGCCGCGGCGUGCCCGUCCGGCGGCACGACGUCAUCUACAGGCUGGUGGACGACGUCCGCGACGAGAUCAGCGCCCGGAUGCCGCUGGCCCGCGAGGAGGAGGCGCUCGGCGAGGCCAAGGUGCUGCAGCGGUUCACGGUGACGGAGGGCAAGAGGAAGGUGCCGGUGGCCGGCGCGCGCUGCGUCAAGGGCGCGCUGCACCGGGACGCGCGGUUCCGCCUGCUGCGCGACGGCCGCGUGGUGCACGAGGGCCCGCUGGCGUCCAUGAAGCACCUCAAGGCCGAGGUGGCGACGGUCCCCAGCGGCACCGAGUGCGGCCUGCGGCUGGCCGACGCCGCGGUGGAGCUGCGCGCGGGCGACACGCUGCAGUGCUUCCGCCUGCGCGACGCCCGGCGGGCCACGCGCUGGGACCCCGGCUUCUAGGCCCCGCCCGCCCUUCCGCUUGUUCGCAUUAAACUCUUCUUUACCCACACCGGCGUUUCAUUCCCGGCCGGAGGGGGGCUGCCGGCGAGGCCGGACGGACAUUGCAAUUUCGAAGGCCACAUUUCGAUUCUCCGCUACCGGUGGAUUCUCACUGCCGAGGAUGUACGUUACGAUUCCAUUUUUAUGAAGUGCGUACGAUCAAAAUACGACCUCGCCUUUUGUAUCAAUUUAUUUCAAUGCAAUUUUCGAGCAGAUCGAUUUUAUACAAAGCCAAAUCGAAUCGUCUAGUUGGAGCAACAAACAUUUUG